UCAACCAAGCUUACAGAUGCACCUAGUUAGCAUAGCAGCUAAGAAGCAUGAAGCUUUUCCACUGUUUUCUUCUUCUAACUACACUCUCUUUGGCAUCCCUUUCUACUAUAGCCUAUACCGCUGAUAUCAAACCUGAUUACUUUUUCAUCAGUCUCAAAUGGCCAAAGACCCAGUGUCAGAGCAAGGAAGGGUGUUGCCUCCCAAAGAAAGGAAGCCCUUCUUUGAAUGACUUUGUCAUUCAUGAAUUUCAAGCAUUUUACUCUAGUAAUGGAGGGACAAACGCAAAUUGCACAACCGGAACCAAAUUCCAACCGUCAAAGAUUGCAGAUUUAGUGCCGAGUUUGCAAAAGUAUUGGCCCUCAUUGAGUUGUCCCAGUAGAGAUAGCAAGAAGUUGUGGAAGGAAGAAUGGGUGGAGUACGGUACUUGUGCUGAAACAGUAUUCAAUCAGCAUGAUUACUUUGCAGCUGCUCUCAGAGUCUACAAACAAAUUAAUCUCCUCAAACUUCUAGCUGAUGCAGGAAUUAAACCGAAUGGUAAAUAUUACCCGGGAGAUGCAAUCAAUAAAGCUAUAGCAAAAGCUGGAUUAGGUGAAAUAACGGUAUCAUGUCGAGAAGACGAAAAGGGAGUGAACGCUGUUUUGGAUUACAUUACAUUUUGUGCUAGCAACAAGGGUAAGAAGAUCAAAUGUCCUGGGCAUUCCUUUUGGAUUUGCGACAGUACAAAUGGGAAUAAUGUCAAAUUCCCCUAUUAAAGAUGGUAAUUGAGUGAGUGAGCUUUGAAUAAGGGAAUUGAAUACUCCCAAUAUUCGGCUAGAGCAAAGUUUGAAUUAAUUAAAUAUGCUGUACUACUUAAACUUGUACUUUGCAUGUAUUCCCUAUAAUUAAGAAAAUAAUAAGUGAUGCAUGUAUUGUACAUGCAAGGAGGUUGUGUUUUAA